AUGGAGCUGGUGACUGUUUUAAAUAUCUUCACCUCUAUUGACUUCUCGUGCAACAGGUUCAACGGAUCAAUACCUGAGAAAAUUGGAGAACUCAAAUCAUUGCAUGCCCUCAACUUGUCCAACAAUGCUCUCACUGGUGUUGUUCCGUCAUCACUAUGUAACUUGAGUCAGCUAGAGUCCUUGGACCUCUCGAAAAACAAACUGAGCGGUCAAAUCCCACCGGCGCUUACAAAACUCACUUUCCUUGCAUUCUUGAAUCUCUCAUAUAAUCAAUUGGUCGGGAGGAUACCAAGCGGUGCUCAAUUUUCAACAUUUGAUGCAGCUUCCUUUAAAGGGAAUAAAGGAUUAUGGGGGCCUCCAUUAACAAAUGAUAGAACAGGGUUUUCGCCCCCAAAGCUGGAAGGAAACCAUUCAAAUCCUGGACAUGAGAUUGAUUGGGAUAUUAUCUGUCCUGAAAUUGGAUUUACAUGUGGGUUUGGAAUUGUCAUUGGGUCACUUUUGUUUUGCAAGAGAUGGAGGAAAUGGUAUUACAGAGCUAUGUAUAACAUGCUUCUGAAGAUAUUCCCUCAGCUGGAUCAAAGAUUUGGUCAUCACAGGAGACAUGUUUAUGUACAUCAGAGAUACUGGAGACGUUGA